CUUCAACACACACACACACACACACACUGUGGUUAAGUGAGAAUUUCUGGACAUACCCAGAAAUCCAAAUUAUUCUCUCAGAUGUCUAGUGAGGACUGGGAUCUCUUUGCCAUUGUUCGUAGCGGCAAAGAUGUCACAUUUGUUGCUUCAAACACCAAUAGAGAAAUUUCACCCAACACAGUCACAAAUUCCAUAUCCCCUCAGGAAACCACAACCUUUUUUCCAAUUAGACAAGAAAAUGACUCAUCCUCUUUUUAUGAUAUUGUGCAACCUAGAACCAAUGGGAUCCAAGAGCUACGCCAAGCGCUAAUGAAUUUCAUUAACCCCACCACCACUACUACGACCACCACAAUCUUUAACACUAACGGUAAUGUCAUUCUCAAUCCUAACUCUACCUUAUCUAACCUUACAGGAAUCUAUGGACAACAACAGAUACAGCAAGGCCUCCAUCAUCCUGUGGCUCUACCCACUCAUGUUCCCCAAACAAGUCCUAUUGCUCAGCCAAACAUCCAACACCAAGUACCCCAAACCAAUUAUGUGGCUUCGUCAAAGACCAAUAUCCAAGAACCCAAACCAAGGUUAACAGAACAGAUGAAAACAGUUCGGCAUGUGACCGCUGACAAAAUAACAGCUGAUAUGUGGGAAUGGAGAAAAUAUGGACAAAAACCCAUCAAAGGUUCUCCGUAUCCAAGUUGUCAUUUGUUUCAGGAGUUAUUACAAAUGCAACAACAUGAAAAAAUGUGACGCGAAAAAGCAAGUAGAACGAAGCAGAACAGACCCGAGCAUGUUUAUUGUGACAUACAUCGGAGAUCACGAUCAUGAGAAACCGCUUCUUCGGAACAUGCUUUGCAAAACCUCAAGGGUCAAGCCAUUAAUGACCCAUUUACCUAACACCUCGCAAACCAAGGCACCCACCAACACUGGGAGCGUUAGUCUAUCGGGUAUUCCUCCCAUGCUGGUGUCAGAUCUGCUAGAGAAUGGUGACAAAACAGUUAACCAUAGCGAACUUGAAGGCCCUGACAUGGAAAUAGAACCUAAAUCAGUCUCCGAUGAUGAUGAUGACAUUCUAAUACCCAUAUCAGAUCUGCUGGAGAAUGGUGACAAAAUGGUUAACCAUGGAGAAGCCGAAGGCCCUAACUCGGAAAUAGAAGCUAAAUCAGUCUCCGACGAUGGUGAUGACACUCUAGUACCCAUAUCAUAUCUGCUGGAGGACGAUGACAAAAUGGUUAACCAUGGGGAACCCGAAGGCCCUGACCUGGAAAUAGGACCUAAAUCACUCUCCGAUGAGGAUGAUGACAUACUAAUACCUAACUUUGCUGCCAUGUCAAACAUCUUCGAAAUGGGAUAUCAAUCUUUUGAUGGUGGAGUCACUCACAUGGGCGAGUCAGAUCCUAAUUGCACGCGGUGGUUGAUCUAAACCAUUGGAAGUUUUGGAUUUUUCUGCUUUUAGGGAGAGAGUCACCUUAGAGGGUAAAGUAAUUCAUCAAAGCCAUUGGUUACGAUGACUUACUUUUCUUUCUAAAGUGUGUCAUUCACAUUAGAGAAGUCAAAUAUAUUCAUCUUCUUAAUUUCAA